CGCCCGGUCCCGCCCGGCCGCGGCCGCCAUCAUGGUGCGGAAGCUGAAGUUCCACGAGCAGAAGCUGCUGAAGCAGGUGGACUUCCUCAACUGGGAGGCCGCGGGCGACAACCUGCGCGAGCUGCGCGUGCUGCGGCGCUACCGGCUGCAGCGGCGCGAGGACUACACGCGCUACAACCAGCUGAGCCGCGCGGUGCGCGAGCUGGCGCGGCGCCUGCGCGACCUGCCCGAGCGCGACCCGUUCCGCGCGCGCGCGUCGGCCGCGCUGCUGGACAAGCUGUACGCGCUCGGCCUGGUGCCCACGCGCGGCUCGCUCGAGCUCUGCGACCGCGUCACCGCCUCGGCCUUCUGCCGCCGCCGCCUGCCCACCGUGCUGCUCAAGCUGCGCAUGGCGCAGCACCUGCAGGCCGCCGUGGCCUUCGUGGAGCAGGGCCACGUGCGCGUGGGGCCCGCCGUGGUCACCGACCCCGCCUUCCUCGUCACGCGCAGCAUGGAGGACUUCGUCACCUGGGUCGACUCGUCCAAGAUCAGGCGGCACGUGCUGGAGUACAACGAGGAGCGCGACGACUUCGACCUGGACGCCUAGCGGGCCCGCGGAGGGGCGCCCCAGGACAUCCCCGGGGUCAGCCGGGCCCCCGCCCCAGGACGCGCCCGCAGACCUCGCGCGCAGCCAGAACCCGGGGAGACCCGCGCAUUCCCUGGCCGCCUUGGGGGGAUCCGGAGAACUGGGUUUGUGCAGCGCCGGAGAGUUGAGGCUUGUGCCAGAAAGUGGUACCUGCAGCGAGGACUGUACGCACCCCCCAGGCUUCCCUCUUUGUCCUGUGAUCGGACCCUUAGGCUUAACUUAUUUAUCUCAAACCUGCUCCCGUCUGAGCUGCGUGCUGACUGUGAGACUGAAGCGUUCGGGGGCCCUCCCUUGUUUAAAGAGAGGCUUUCCUAGUGUCAAUAAAUGGACCUACUGCUUUGGAAGUCCGCACUUUUUGUCUGUCUGGUUUUCUCACGUAGGUUCACGUCUACAGGUUUCUUUGGCUCAAGAACCCAGAAAAGAGACUCGGGUCAGCAGGGACCUGCUGUGGGGGAGCCCUGCCCCUGGGCCCCAUGUGGAGGUUGCAGGAUGUUGCACAGGGCUGGGCAAAUGUGCCAGUUUACCAGUCCUUCCUCGGAGUGAGUGUUUUGCCAGAGCUCUUCCCCACAGGACUUCCCGCCGGUAUUCCAACCCCAGGAAAUACCAUAUUUGAAGUCCAGAGUGUGUGCUUGCUUAAGGAAAUAAUCACCCUGCAGCUUGGCCUUCUAGUAGUUAGAAGUGGCCCAGGAGUUUCCUGGAAACUUGUUCUUGAGAGUGACGGAGAACUGGGCAAGUAGGCAGGCUGCCUCAUGUUACCUAAGGCUUGCUCAAAGAGAUAAAUGGAAUGCCAAGAUUUUUGGCUUUUACAUGUGCCUUCUCCGUUUCCCCAAGCAGCAUUUGGUGAAGAAACCAAAUUAGUUGUCCCUAUGUGUGUUGUGGUUUUGAAUGGAAGGAGAGGUGACAUUGGGAAUAACCAUAGGAAAUGCUUCUACUGUGAUGGACAGCAUUUACUCUUCCCUACAGGUCUAGGAGAUGAGCAAUUCAAUUAUUCUCUGCUUUUCAAGUGCGGGAACUAAGGCUGACACGGGUCAAAUUUUCCAAGGUGGUGGAGGGGGGAACUGUAUUCCCUUUGAGCUGUUAUCAGUGUUGGCACAGCCAGGCCUUAGGAUGUGUCAGGGUUUUAGAGUAAAUCACUAUUUGUUUUCAAGCCAGCAGAGAAGCAACAGCUGGACAAGAAAUCUUGCUGAAUACAAAUUUGAGCAAGGAGCAAAUGCUGAGCUGCCAAGACUUGACAUUCCCUGAGACCAUACCUGUCCUGAGCUGCCUUUGCUUAUCCCAGCGAGGCAGGUGGUGGUAUUCACGCCCUUUUCAAUUUAGAAAACUGAGACUUGAGGUAAGAACUUGUCCAAGGCUGGGGGUUCAAGUCCAGGCUCAUGAUUCCCAAGGCAAGUUUCUUUUCCACGCCAUCCCUUCAGAAGUGAGUGAGAAGAGACUCCUGCUUCUCAGCUCUGGCGGCUGGGCAUGGCCUCU